GCAUGUGAUUGGUCUGAACGUUUGGCGCCUCUUGAAUCCACCGCUGCCGCCGAAAGCGAAGCUAGCUCGACGUCAAUGCCGGCUACGGAAGACCGAGAAUACAAUUCCACGGUUGUGUCGCGGCAGAGCCGCGGGUCCGGUUUAUUUUUGGGCGACAACCGUCUUUAAAAGAGCUGAACUGCAAGCUAACUGUGGAGGACGGAGAGACGAGAGCUCCUCGGCGCACAAAGGAGCGAGUUGGGCGAGUUUGCCAGCUCGAGCUUGAAUGACGACGGAGUCUAGCCACUCAGCGUGAUCAUGGUGCUGACCGGCAAACGUUCGGAGAAAGGUCCCGCUCGCUGGAAGAGGAGAGUCAAGUCAGAGUACAUGCGUCUGCGCCAGCUCAAGCGCUUCCGGCGAGCCGACGAGGUCAAGAGCAUGUUCAACAGCAACCGUCAGAAGAUCCUUGAGCGUACCGACAUUUUGAACCAUGAGUGGAAGACGCGGCGCAUCCAGCCCGCUCACAUCAUGACGUCGGUGGGCUCGCUCAGAGGCACGCGAGAGUGCACGGUGGACAGCGGUUUCUCCGAGUUCCCCCGGCAGGUCAUCCCCCUGAAGACCCUCAAUGCCGUGGCCUCCAUACCUGUCAUGUACUCGUGGUCACCACUGCAGCAGAACUUCAUGGUGGAGGACGAGACGGUGCUCUAUAACAUUCCUUACAUGGGCGACGAAAUCCUGGACCAGGACGGCACGUUCAUCGAGGAGCUGAUCAAGAACUAUGACGGAAAAGUCCACGGAGACAGAGAAUGUGGCUUCAUCAACGACGAGAUCUUCGUGGAGCUGGUGGGUUCUCUGGCGCAGUACAGCGACAACGAGGAAGACGAGGAGGAAGAGCAGGACUUCAAGACCGAGAAGAUGGACGGCGCGUGCGACGGGCAGGACGAGGCACGCGACAAGGCCAACAAGGGUCGAGCUGAGGACGAACGCAACAAGAAGUUCCCCUCGGACAAGAUCUUUGAAGCCAUCUCUGCCAUGUUCCCUGACAAAGGCACCACGGAGGAGCUCAAGGAGAAGUACAAGGAGCUGACCCAGCAGCAGCUUCCCGGCGCCCUUCCUCCGGAAUGCACGCCUAACAUCGACGGUCCCAACGCUCGCUCGGUGCAGCGCGAGCAGAGCCUGCACUCCUUCCACACGCUCUUCUGCAGACGCUGUUUCAAAUAUGACUGCUUCCUUCACCCCUUCCACGCCACGCCCAACACGUACAAACGCAAGAACCUGGAGAACCCGGAGGACGGCAAACCUUGCGGCGCCGACUGCUACAUGAACCUGCCGCGGGUGAGGACGUCCGAACGGUCGGCCGCCCGGACCCGAGUCACGUCGGCCUCCUUUCAGGACGGCGUGGCGGGAGACGGGGCGGCGGAGCGUGCCAAAACGCCCUCCAAGCGCUCGACGGGGGGCCGCCGGCGCGGACGCGCGGCCAACGGCGGCAGCCGACCCGGCACGCCCACCGCCAAAGACACGGACAGCGAGGGCGGCAAGGACGACGAUGACGACGAUAACAAGGACGACAACAGCGGCUCAGAAGGCAACUCUCGCUGUCAGACGCCCGUCAAGCUGAAGCUUCAGCUUUCGGCCCAAUCGACAGAGUGGAACGGCGCCGACGCCUCGCUCUUUCGCGUCCUCAUCGGGACCUACUACGACAACUACUGCGCCAUCGCUCGGCUCAUCGGGACAAAGACGUGCCGACAGGUCUACGAGUUCCGGGUCAAAGAGUCCAGCAUCAUCGCCCGCGCUCCCGCCGAAGAUGAGGACACACCCCCCAGGAAGAAGAAGAGGAAGCACCGACUUUGGGCCACGCACUGCCGCAAGAUCCAGCUCAAGAAAGACGGCUCGUCCAAUCACGUGUACAACUACCAGCCGUGCGACCACCCCAGGCAGCCCUGCGACUCGUCUUGCCCGUGCGUCACCGCCCAGAACUUUUGCGAGAAAUUCUGCCAGUGCAGUUCCGAGUGCCAGAACCGUUUCCCCGGUUGCCGCUGCAAAGCUCAGUGCAACACCAAGCAGUGCCCGUGCUACCUGGCCGUCAGGGAGUGCGACCCGGACCUUUGUCUCACCUGCGGCGCCGCCGACCACUGGGACAGCAAGAACGUCUCCUGCAAGAACUGCUCCAUACAGAGGGGUGCCAAAAAGCACCUUCUUCUGGCGCCGUCCGACGUGGCGGGGUGGGGCAUCUUCAUCAAAGAGCCGGUCCAGAAGAACGAGUUCAUCUCGGAGUACUGCGGCGAGAUCAUCUCCCAGGAUGAAGCGGACCGCCGGGGCAAAGUGUACGACAAAUACAUGUGCAGCUUCCUCUUCAACCUCAACAACGACUUUGUGGUGGACGCCACCCGCAAAGGCAACAAGAUCCGAUUCGCCAACCACUCGGUCAACCCCAACUGCUACGCCAAAGUGAUGAUGGUGAACGGCGAUCACAGGAUCGGCAUCUUCGCCAAGCGCGCCAUUCAGACGGGGGAAGAGCUCUUCUUCGACUACAGGUACAGUCAAGCGGACGCUCUCAAAUACGUGGGCAUCGAGCGCGAAAUGGAGAUGGCGUGACAGCGUCCGUCGUGGACGGCGAGCCUUACGCACCGUCCGUCGCACUUAAACCAACUACCUUCAGGAUGACAGUCAGCAUGUCAAAAAAAAAAAUUCAGGAAGAUUUCCGAGCGUGUUUUUUUUUUUAGUUUCAAGGUGAAAAACAUUUUUUGUUUGCUUCCGUUUUGCCGUUUGAACAUUUCGAUGGUCGUCAACGCUCCGACUUUCAGGGACCGCCAUCUGGUGGGAGAAAAAAUGUUAUUUUUCUAUUGACUCUUUCGAUGCCAUUGACGGUGAUGGAUGUCCAUUCACGUGGCUCUUUCAAUGAUAUAAUCGCUAAUAGACGUCCAAUCCAUUUGAAGCGGGAUAGUGGCACAAAUGGAUCGAACGUCUAGUGCCGUCAAUGGCAGCCAAUGAGUUAACAAGGAAAAUGCAAAAAUAUUCUCCAUUUCUGUAGUGAAAAAAAAAAAUCAUUAACUGUGUAUCGAUACUUUUGCAAUCAAAAAUCGUAUCCAGAUACGCGGGGAAUAUAUACGGUGCUGACUUUGUUUACACGGAUUUUGUUUGUAGAAAUGCACAAUAAACUCUUUG